AUACACAGAAGGCGCUACCAUGACGGUCAUCUAAGAAAAAGGGAAACGAAGAGGAGAGGGACAGCUUACGGAAAUGGAGGAAGGGCUUUUGGAGAGGGAGGAGGGGAGAACGGUGAGGGGAUGGUACUGUGAUUUUACAGCUGAGGCGCGGAGGCUGGGUUACCUGGCCGGGCCGAUGGUGGGGGUGACGCUAUCGCAGUACCUGGUUCAGGUCACCUCGUCGAUGAUGGUCGGACAUCUCGGUGAGCUCGCGCUCUCCAGCUCCGCCAUUGCCACUUCACUCUCCAGCGUUACUGGAUUCAGUGUCCUUCUAGGAAUGGCUAGUGGCUUGGAUACUCUCUGUGGCCAAGCAUAUGGUGCAAAACAAUACAAGAAGCUUGGAAUUCACACAUACAGAGCCAUACUCUCACUUGUAUUAGUCUGCCUCCCAAUUUCUCUCAUUUGGGCAUCCAUGGGGAAACUUCUCUCACUCAUAGGCCAGGAUCCCUUAAUAUCCCAAGAGGCUGGCAUUUAUGCAGUAUGGAUGAUCCCUGGCCUCUUCGCCUUUGCUAUUGCCCAACCUCUUAUGAAAUUUCUUCAAUCUCAGAGCUUAAUUCUUCCUAUGCUUCUGAGCUCAUUUGUGACCCUCUGCGUCCACAUUCCUUUGUGCUGGGUCAUGGUGUUCAAAACAGGGUUGGGCAACGUUGGAGCAGCACUUUCUAUAAGCAUUUCCUAUUGGAUCAAUGUUUUGAUUCUUGCAUUUUACAUCAAAUAUUCAGAUUCUUGCAAUGCAACUCGUGCACCGCUAUCAAUGGAGGCAUUGUGGGGCAUUAAUGAGUUCUUGAGGCUAGCAAUUCCCUCAGCAGUAAUGAUAUGCCUCGAAUGGUGGUCCUUCGAGCUUCUUGUCUUGCUCUCAGGUCUCCUACCAAAUCCAAAGCUUGAAACCUCUGUUCUUUCUAUAUGCCUCACAAGCAUUUCCUUGCUCUACACCAUACCAUAUGGACUUGGUUGUGCUGCAAGCACACGCGUGUCAAACGAACUAGGAGCUGGGAAUCCAGAGCAAGCUCAUCUGGCUGUUCGUGUGGCCACAUCAAUCACAAUUACAGAGGCAGUUUUGGUCAGUUUAACUCUCUUCAGCCUUCGCCGGCUAGUUGGCCAUGCCUAUAGCGACGAGAAGGAGGUUGUGGAUUAUGUUAGGCAGAUGACUCCUCUUGUUUCUAUCUCAGUUAUCUCCGAUGGCUGUCUUGGAGUGCUCUCUGGAAUCGCUCGCGGAUGUGGGUGGCAGCACCUUGGAGCCUAUGUGAAUCUCGGAGCAUUUUAUCUCGUUGGAAUCCCAAUCGCAGUUUUGUUAGGCUUUUUCUUCCACAUUGGAGGUAAGGGUCUGUGGAUUGGUAUAUUAGCAGGUGCUGUGAUUCAAAGCCUUCUUCUCGGAAUAAUAACUACUUUUACUAACUGGCAACAACAGGCAAUAGUGGCGAGGGAGAGGGCAUUUGAAGAGAGUUUGCCUUUGCAAAGUGUGCUGAAAUGAGUUUUGAACUUUCAAUAUGUUCUGUGAGUUUUUUUUUAUCAUUUUCAUUUGCUUAUAUUUGAACAUAGGAAAUUUUGGGUCAUGAUACUUUGAUCGUUUGAUCAAAAAUUAGUUAGAUGGGUUUUAAGAUUAUUGAUUUUGAGGUGAGCGUAAUAUAUAUGAGUAAUUCAUUAAAAUUUAUAUUGCAUAAUCUCAAAGUAAAUCUUACCUAUUUGA